AUGGCCCGCAUCAUCACUUCUUACAAAAACCAUGAAACCGACCUGAGUCCCCGCAUCAUACUCGGCCUAUGGCACCCCCUCUUCAUCCGCCCCGCCGUCAAAUAUCUCCCCGCCUGCCGUCGAUUCUACAUCGGCUUUUCCAUCCAAGUUGCUAAACAAUACUUCUGGGACACGUGUGAAGGCUUCUCCAUAUCUUUCCCUUUCCUCAUGGGUCAAGAGGGACAGGCGUUUGUCAAGGAAUGCAGGGAGAAAGGAAAAGAAGUCACUGCUUGGACAGUCAACGAUGUGUCGGGAAUGAAAGCCGCUUUGUCCAUGGGUCUCAAAGCUGUUUUGACGGACGAAGUUGGCGUAUUCGUAAAUCUCAAACACAAGCCAAAAACCCAGAAAGCCUUCAGCUUCAGGGCUUGGAAAGAUGGACGUUCCCGUGGUCAAAUUGGAAGUAUUACUCCGCUGGACAGGUGGGCAAACAGCCAUAUCAUUUGA